AUGUCGUUUGAAUCCAUUGCGGUGCUAUUGCAGAACUCGCUCAAUCCGGCCACCUCCAGAGAUGCUGAAAAGCAGUUGCGGGAAGUGGAGACACAGCCCGGGUUCAGCUUGACCCUCCUCCAGCUCGUCUCGGCCAAGAAUCUCGCGGCCAGCGUGCGCCUCUCGGGCGCCAUCUUCUUCAAGAACUUCUUGAAGCGCAAGUUCAUUGACGAGGACGGUAACUACAAAAUUGCGGAGGCCGAUUUACGCCAAAUCAAAGCGUCCAUCAUCGACAUCAUGUUGGACCUCCCGGACAAUUUGCAAGUCCAGAUGGGCGAAUCCAUCUCUAUUAUCGCGGAAUCCGACUUUCCGGACCGGUGGACCAACUUGGUGGACGAAUUAGUAACCCGGCUCUCGCCGACAGACUGGGUGCGCAACAAGGGUGUGUUAACGGUGGCGCACAGCAUUUUCCGCCGCUGGAGACCGUUGUUCCGCUCGGACGCGUUGUUCCUCGAGAUCAAACUCGUGUUGGAGAAGUUCCAGCAGCCGUUUUUGCAUCUCCUCGUGCAGCUCGAUCAGUUGAUCAGUACGGAGCAGAGCACGGCGCAACUCGCGUGCUACUUCGACGCGCUCCUCUUGCUCGUCAAGAUCUACUACGACUUGAACUGUCAGGACAUUCCUGAGUUUUUCGAGGAUAACCUCGCCCAAGGCAUGGGUAUCAUCCACAAAUACUUGCACUACGCACCCGCGAGCGUGCUCCAGAACGCGGCCGAGGAUGACGAAAUCGACGUCGUUACGCGCGUGCAGACGGCCAUCUGCGAGCUUGUCUCACUCUACACAACGCGCUAUGAGGACGUAUUCGAGCCGUUGAUCGGGGAUUUUAUCCAGACAGUAUGGGCGUUGUUGACGGCUGCGACCGCGCAGCCAAAGAACGAUCUUCUAGUGUCGCGCGCGUUGGCGUUCCUCGACUCUGUCGUCAAAAUCGCCAAGUUCCAGCCGAUGUUCUCGCAGGAGGCCGCACUCAAGGAGAUUGUCGAGAAGAUCCUCUUGCCGAACGUGCGCAUCCGCGACACGGACGAGGAGUUGUUUGAGGACGACCCGAUCGAGUACAUCAGACGUGACUUAGAGGGGAGUGACUCCGACACCAGAAGACGCAGCGCCACGGACUUCUUGCGUUCGUUGAAGGAGAACGUGGACGAAACGUUGGUCACCAAUGUUACGAUGGUCUAUGUGAACAGCUUCUUGGCGGAGUAUCAGGCAAACGCUGCGAACUGGAAGGCGAAGGACAUGGCUGUAUACCUCUUUUCGGCGUUAGCCACGAAGGGCGCGGUUACCCAGUCCGGGGUCACCUCCACCAACUUGCUCAUUGACGUGGUCAAGUUCUUCACAGACAACGUUGCGGCCGACUUGAUGGCCACGAAGGGCGCACUCCACCCGAUCCUCAAGGUCGACGCUAUCAAAUACAUCUACAUCUUCCGAAACCAGUUGACCAAGCAGCAGUUGUUUGAGACGUUCCCAUUAUUAUCGGCGCACCUCACUCCCGAUAAUGACUACGUGGUGUAUACUUACACUGCUAUCACCCUCGAAAAGAUCUUGUCGAUCCACAAAAACAACCGCUUACUCUUCACCAAGGCUGAUAUCACCAGUCAGAUCGCCUACGGGCUCGUUAGUAACUUGUUCAAGCUCACAUUGAACUCCUCGUCGCCGGAAAAGCUUGCCGAGAACGAAUUCUUGAUGAAAACCAUCAUGCGCAUCCUCCUCACCUCCGAGAACAACAUGGCCGAACACGUACAGGCGUUGCUUGCGCACUUGGUGUCGAUUGUGGAGGUCAUUGCCAAGAACCCGUCUAACCCGCGCUUUUCCCACUACACGUUCGAGUGCAUCGCCAUCUUGAUCAAGCACUCGUCGCAUACGGCAACUGGCGUGGACGGCGCCAAGGUCAUACAGCUCAUCGAACUCGUGCUCCCUUCGUUGCUCGGCAUUCUUGGCAGUGAUGUCCAGGAGUUUGUGCCAUACGUGUUCCAGAUUCUGGCUUACUUGUUGGAGUUGUUGCCGAAAGAGCACCCCUUGCCCCAGACCUACCAACAGCUCAUCAAGCCGUUGAUGUCGCCGAGCGUGUGGGAGUUCCGCGGCAACAUCCCAGGGGUCACGCGUUUGCUCCAGGCCAUCGUGGCCCAGCAGGCGUCCGUGUUUUACGAGCCGUCGCCAGAGGCCCUCACGCCGUUGUUGGGGGUGUUUCAAAAGUUGAUAUCGUCUAAAGUCAACGACGUACACGGCUUUGAGCUCCUCGAGACGAUCCUCAUUAAUGUGCCUGUCGCGGUACUCCAACCUUUCUUGAAACAGGUUGCCAUGGUGCUCUUGCAGAGAUUGCAGACGUCCAAGACCGAGAAGUUUGUGCGCAAACUCACCGUGUUUGUUGCCAGCCUUGCGGUCUUGCCCAACUUGGGGCCGGACUUUGCGGUGCAGUUCUUGGAUGAAGUGCAACCUGGGGUGUUUGGGCAGGUGUACCUGUCGUUUGUCUUGCCAACAUCCGCCUCCAUCGCCAACAUCUUGGACCGCAAGAUUGUCGUUGCGGGCUUGAGCAAUCUUACCACCUCCUCCCAGUUUACCACGGGCAGCUACACCGACAAGGUGUUGCCAACGCUCGAGGUAUUGUUGAAGUUGGCCACGUCGGAGUCUAUUUCCGGCCUCAAGGCCGACUCAUCCGUCUCGUUUGACCAGGAGUACGAGUUUGAAGAAAUUUCCUUCGGGAGCAAUUUCAGUAAGUUGAUUGCCAUUGCCAAUAAGCCGUUGGAUCCGGCCCCAGCCCUCUCUAACACCGACAAGGGUCAAAUUAAGGCCUACAUCACCGCCAACUUGGAGAAGUUGAACCAGUUGAUUGGCGGCAGCUUGUCCUCCCAGGUUCUACCAAACUUGUCGCCAGAGGCCCAAGCGUUUUUUGCCUAA